ACGCCAUGACCUUCGGCGGCUACUCCCCGGAGCAGGCGAGCGGGCAGAGCGGCACCAUCGUGGACGCCAUCGGCAAGGGCGCGGAGCAGCUCAUCGCCCUGGGCGCCGCGAACGUGGUGGUCCCGGGGGUCCUCCCCGUGGGGUGCUUCCCCAUCUACCUGACGCUGUACCAGACCUCCAACGCCGGCGACUACGACCAGUACGGCUGCCUGAAGCGCUUCAACGCGCUGUCCGCCCGCCUCAACCAGCUGCUCCAGAGCAAGGUGAUGAGCCUGCAGGGCCGGUACCCCGGCGCCCGGAUCAUGUACGCCGACUUCUACAGCCACGUCUACGACAUGGUCCGGAGCCCCGGCAGCUCCGGCUUCAGCACCAACCUCCGGGCCUGCUGCGGCGCCGGCGGCGGCAAGUAUAACUACCAGAACGGCGCGCAGUGCGGGAUGGCCGGCGUGUCGGCGUGCGGCAACCCGGCGGCGUCGCUCAGCUGGGACGGCAUCCACCUCACGGAGGCGGCCUACAAGAAGAUCGCAGACGGGUGGGUCAGCGGGGCCUCAUGUGACGGAACCGUCAAAUUAAAACUCUAA